AUGGAAACAAACAAAUCGAAGCAAGCAUUUUCAGAGCAUGACAUUGACUCACAAGAUAAACACAACGGCGAGGGAGGCAACCAGCCCAGCUUUCUCGGCCAUCAUGAUAGCGGCCUUGUACCUCAACCAGAUGUGCCGUGGUGGAGAAUCUCAGUCUCCUUGGCUGUUCUCUUCCUGAACUACUUUCUCGCUCAGUACGACAAAUUCAUCCUCUCAUACUUCCAAGAUGACGUGAUCAAAUCUGUACACCUCACCCAAGCAUCUUACGGCAUCCUAUCGGGAUAUGCAACCGGCAUUGUCUAUGCCCUUUUGGCGCUUCCAGCUGCUUAUGUUGCAGACUACACCGGAGCCCGAGUCUGGGUCCUCACUGUUGCCGCUCUAUGGUGGAGUCUGUGCGCUAUCUUCCAGGGCCUCAGCCACAACUUUUGGCAAAUACUACUUGCCCGCAUUGGCAUGGGGAUUGGUCAAGCGCCCGUCGAAGCACUUAGCGUGAGCUUGAUCAGCGACCUCAUGGGCAAAAGAUACGUGUUCUUUGGCGAAAGCGUUCUCUACGUCGGAGUCUACAUCGGUGAAGCGGUGUCCGGACAGAUUGCCACGGCUUUCACCAAAUCCAAUACACCCUGGAAUACUGCCCUCAUUGCUAUCGGUAUUGUGGGGGUAGUGGUUGCAAUUUUCGUGCGGCUCCUCGUACGUGAGCCUCAACGGCAAACGUCCCUAGUGCAAUCCAGAUAUCCUCAGACAAUUGGCGAGCACGGCGAGAACUACGGUACGAAGAAUAAACUCCGGCUUGCACGAACGGAUGUACGAGCAACGUUCGCAUACCUGCUUCGCAUGCGGUCUUUUUGGCUCCUGACCCUGUCGGCCUCUUUUAGACAGCUUUCUGGAAAUGUCUUUGGAUACUACAUGCCUACAUAUCUAUCAACGCUCUAUUCAUCACAUAUUAAUCUUCUCUCACGCUACGGCAUCAUUGUUGGCGUAGUCGGCUCCAUAGCAGUUCUUCUUGGAGGACUUUUGACUUCGACAUUCUGGCGUCAGACAAAGGUCUUGCCACUGUACUUGACAGCAGUUGGCGGCAUGAUCUCUUCUAUUUUCGUCCUACUGAUGCUCUUCUCGCGCAAAGCGUCCGACAACAGCGAAAAUCAAGGCAUCAAAGUAUUGUACGGUACGAUGAGCGUGGCAUAUCUCACUGCCGAACUAUGGCUUGGAGCUAUCAAUAGUCUCAUUGCACUGUUGCUACCACCUCACUACAAAACCUUCGGCUUAUCGAUAUGGGCGGCGACCCAGGUACUUAUCUACUCCGCCGGACCAGAGAUCAUUGGACUCGCAAUCCGGAAGGUAGAGAGCGGGAGCUCAGAAUAUCUCAUCAAUACAAGAGUUGCACUCGCUGUGAUAAUCCCUACAGGCUACUGGCUCGCGGGAAUUGGCUUUCUACUUGCGAUACCACUCGUCAAACAAGACUUGGCGGGUGCAUUCGUAGAAGGCAAAUUGACAAUACAACGACGGAUGGCGUUUAUCGCUUUCGCUGUCGUUCUUGCAAUCAUGGUCAUUGUAUUCACGACACUUAAUGCCAUGAAGACGAAAUUCAAUGAAGCAAAUAAUUAUCAAUUUGUGUUCACUGGCCUUGUACUUACUGUCCUCUACGGCAUUUGCAAGGGGGCUUAUAACCUCUGGCUUCACCCACUUUCGCGAUACCCAGGGCCCUUCUUCGCUCGAGCUACGAAGAUCCCGGUAGCAGUGAAGUCCUGGAACGGGAACUUGUCUCACUGGCUCAAAGCAUUGCACGGCUACUAUGACAGUGAAAUAGUCCGCUUCUCCCCCGAUGAAGUCUCGAUUAUCUCCGCGUCAGCAUGGAAAGAGAUUCACGGGCCACGUCUCGGACUACCAAAGUUCGAAAAAGACAUGGUGAUUUUUGCGAGCGUCGAUAACAUUGUCACAGCCCCUGGCGUAGAGCAUAGUCGCAUUCGACGAUUGCUCAGCCAUGCAUUCUCGGACAAAGCUCUGCGAGAGCAAGAGUCCCUCAUUAUGACCCACGUAAACCGGCUUCUCGACGGCCUCAAGCGCCAAAACCAAUCCAUCGAGACUACAAAUCUGUGCGACUGGUUCAUGUGGUUUACAUUUGACGUCGUCGGCGACCUUUCUUUCGGCGAAUCCUUCGGCUGCCUCAGUCGAGGCAACUAUCACCACUGGGUCAACUGCCUCAUGAACAAUCUCAAAUCCGUUGUGUUCAUCAGUGUGACGUACCGUUUCCCACCUCUGCAGAAGCUACUCUAUCUCUACGUCCCAAAGCAGGUCAUCCAAGACCGCCUCGAACACGAACGCCUCUCCAUCGAGAAAAUCGAUCGCCGCCUCAAUGCCGAGUCCGCCCGACCAGACUUCCUUUCCUACCUCUCCAAACACGCAGAGGACAGAGAAAAAGGCGGUCUCACAAGGAAAGAGAUCUACGACAACUCCACCGCCUUCAUCUCUGCAGGUGCGGAAACUACAGCUGCCGCCUUAGCCGCUGCUCUCUGGUUCCUCGAUCAAAACCCGUCCUGUCUCGAAAACGUCAGGGAAGAAAUCCAUGAGAACGUGGAUACGAUCGAUGAGCUCACUAUCGCAAAGACUGCAGAGCUGAAAUACUUCAACGCUGUCAUUGACGAGACGCUGCGUCUCUACCCGCCCGCGAUCGCGGGACAAGCCAGAGUCGUGCCUAAAGGUGGCGCGGUGGUGAGCGGGAAUUUCAUCCCUGAGAAUACCGGUGUUAUCAUCAAUCAGUAUGCUGCGAAUCACUCUACCAGAAAUUUCAGGGAGCCAGAGGAGUUCGUACCUGAGAGGUGGCUCGGCCUGGAUGAGAGGUUUGAAGGUGAUAGGAGGGAGGCUAGUCAGGCGUUUUCUAUCGGCGCGCGGAAUUGUUUGGGGAAGAAGGAAGGAUGUUCUGUUGGUGAAGACGAAACACAGGAUGAAGGUAUCAUGACCAAGGUUGUGGAGAAUCACAAAGAGAUUGAUGGAGUUAUAGGAUACCACUCUGGCGAAUCUUUCCCAUUUCAACACGUCGAGGCGAUAUAG